GGGAAGGUAGCGCGGUGCAGGCGACAGAUUCGUGCGACUGGCCGCGGCAUCCACAGCAUCGGUGGCCCAGAAAUCUGCACACUUUGGGCUUGCGUCACAGCUGCAUCUGCACAACUUUGUGAAGCUUUCUCCCCUUCUCGUUGCCCUUUAAUCCACCUCGCUUAUUCCCUCUUCCUGCCAACUCCUGUGCACCUCCAUAUCCUUCCACCGACCGAAACCCCCCGCUAUCUCUGUCCUCCACGCACGCGUCAAUGCGACGAAUGCUUAAGCUAGGUUCUGGUCGUGAUAUGAAGCGUUCCCGAGCUUACCUGGAGUCCCAGCAGUCCAUGAUGGCCCAGUCUAGCACUUCUAGCGUUUCUACCACCCUUGCAAGAGCACCAGCCUGCUCACCGUUAAUAGGACGGCGACCGCGACCGUCACCGCGACCUCAGGGCUGCUAAGAGACCCUGCUAAGAUACACUCAAAAUUGCUGGCGGCUUUCAACGUGAAGUUUUAGACUAGCGAAAACAUGGACGUAGACCGCUCCGCAGACGCCUGGGACACGCUGUGGGCCAUCCCAGACAGCGUAGUCGUAGAUCCGUUGCCUGUUCCGGCUAAAGCGGCCGUCAUCCGGCGCGUAGCGCCGAAAAGAACGGACAACCAGUCCAGCAUGCAGCGCCCGGCCGUCGUUGCGGCGCCAGCUGGCACGGAGGCUUGCCACUUGAGCGCCUCCGCUUUGGAGAUUGGAAAUGGCUCAACUGGGCCGUCGUCCAGCGCAGAAUACGGCGUUGUGCCGACGACGUCGUUCGCGUGCGGCGCGAGCACUGGCCCGGUGACCGGGGAAGGCGUUAUCGCUGCAGACAGCAGCUCACUGCGUGCCGCCAGCAGCGGCGAGUGCGCUGGCGGUCAACCGACCAGCAGCGCUGGCAGCUCACAGCUCCUAUGCGUGCCAGCGCAAAUGUCUGCGCGGCCCUCCGUCACUAGCUGGCCUGAGCUGGCCGCAGCAGACACGCAGGCGCAGCCAGCCAGCCUGCAGCAGCAGCACAGUACGGCAGGCACCGCAUAUGAGAAAGCUGGCGCUGUUGCAUUUGCCACGGCUGUGUCCCAGGCCGCAGAGGCGGCCGGGCUUGCUGGCGGUGCUGAUGCGGCCCUGACACCUUCGGCAGGCGCCGACCCACAUCCCGCCACUGCCUCCGCUGCGCAUGCUGCGCUGCUGCUAUCCCUCCGCAACGGCAAUGGCAGUGGUGGUGGCAGCAGCAGCCGCACCUGCAGCACCAGCGCUGUAGGCGGCAACAGUGAUGAUGGCAGCGCUGCCGAGGGCGUGAGCACAGACGCAGACAGCACUCGGGCCGCUGCCUUAUCGAACGCCGCCGCCGCCGCCGCCGAGGCACCCUCAGCUGCCGCAAGCAGCCUGUGGACUGCGGCGUCGCUUCGCACCCUGUACCGCAGCCGCGACCCGCGGCUUGCGGCCGAGCCGUCACCGGUGCCGCCAGCAGUGGCUGGCGCGGCGCCGGCGUGUGCUUCGGCAGCCGGCAGCCCAGUGCAGUUUGGUGCCAAGGCAGCUGGGCCCGCGGCGCCGCUGCGUCCGCUGCCGCCCUUGCCGCCGCUGCGGCGUGCGGCCAAGACCACCACGGCGCUGCUGCUGAACCGAGUGCGGCGGGAUCCGGGCAGCGCCGCCUGCAGCCCUCAGGCCGCAACACGGACCGCCGUUGCUGCAGCAGCCCGCGCGGGCGGCAAGGCCGGUGGCAAGGGCAAGCGCGGCAAGGCCGCGCAGAGCUCCAUCGAGGACUGGAUUGCCAGCAGUCGGCCGGAGGCCGCCACAGGCCCUGAGCCCGUCAUGACAUACGCCUACCCACCAGACGGAGAAAGCGCCGGGGCAGCGCUCGAAGCUAUGCGGCGGUCCCCGUCUGUGUUGGCUGACCUCGACGGCAGCGGCUCCAGCGGCAACAUCAUGGACGACGUGCAGCGUGCUCUGGAGGCGGCCGAGGCGGCGGCAGCAUCGGCCGAGGCCACCGCGGCCGCGGCUGGCACAGGCGUGCCGGUGGAGGCCUGCCCUGCCGCCCCUGCACCCACCCGUGUCGCCCCGGCAGCGUCAUUGUGGCCACCGCAGCGCACGGGGCCGCUUCCGCCGCCGCGUGGGCGCUUCGAUUUCCGUAUCCGCAAGCGCCGCGCCCGCGCACAGACGCCCGGUGCUUCGCCGCCGCCGCCGCCAAUGGAGCGCUCUCCUGCGGCCGCUGCCGCGGCGGCCGUCGCCAAGGCCGCCGCAACCGAGCGCCGCGCCUUCAUGGAUGCCGUGUUUGCCUCAGCCGUCGGCGCCUCCUUAGCGGCCGCGGACGCCGAUGCCGCGCCUGCCGACGCACAUCAGCUGACCGGCCAGAAGCGGCCUGCCGCCGCCGCUGCUCCCGCUGCCGGGCCCCGGUGCUCGCCCUCGCCCGCGCUGCCGGUGGACAUGUACACCGCCGCGGACGUGGAGGCGGCGUCAACCGCCGCCGCUGCGGCGGCAGCCGCCGCGCGCAGCCUGGACGCCUGCGCCACCCUGGACGCGGCGCUUGACGAGUGGCGUACAUACCGGGCGCCCAAGGUGCGCAAGACGCCGGAGGCGCUGCUGCGGCGCAGCCUGCUGGAGGAGCUGGCGGCAAGGUGCCCCACCUCGGUUCUGGAUCUGGAGGAGGUGCCGGGCCUGCCGCGCCCCUGGAUUCGGAACUACGGUCAGGAGGUGCUGGACGUGUGCCGCAACUUCCUGCACGUGCACGCGGUGCGUGCCGCCGCGCGCCAGGCCGCCGCCGCUGCGGCGCGUGCCCGCCGCGCUGCGGCGGGCGCUACUGCUGCCACGGGCGCGACAGCUGUGCCUGCGCAGCAGAGGGCACAGGCACCGGCGUCGGCCCUGCCGGCGCAGCCGCAGGUGCCGCCUUCGGCAGCGCGACAGGCGGCCGCUGCCAGUCCACCGGCCAAGCGACAGCGCCUGGCGGGCGCUCCGCGCUCCGCGCCGCUGCCUGCAGUGUCAGUCCGGUCUUCGGACGGCAGCACGCGCUGGGUGGAUGAGCGUGCGGAGAGGCUGCGGCGUCAGCUGCUUGGGGCUAUGGGCCUGCAGGCUGACAAGCCCAUCGAGCCGCAGCUAGGCGUCACAAUGAACGUGACACCGGAGACCGUGGCGCACCUGCAGCAGCAGAACGCCGCCUCGUCGCAGCAAGAGCCGCAGCAGACGCAGCCUUCUGCCGCCGGCGCCGCCCCGACAGCAGCCGCGACCGAGACGAGGGCGGCUGCUGCGGGCGCGGGCUCAAGCUCGGAGGCGCCGGCACGGCCCCGCGUGGCCACCAAGGCUGCGAUUGCCGCUCGCCACCGGUCGUUUGCUGCCGCAGCGGCGGCCGGCGCCACUACUGCCGCCGCCGACAACGCACCAGUGCUCAAGCCAGCGCAGCCGCCACCGGCCGCCAGCCCCCGCAUACGUAUCGCUGUCUCUGCCCGCGCCGCCAAGUUCGGUGCCGCCACCACCGGCAAGCCACGCGCCUCCGCCGCCGCCGUGGCCGCCGUCGGCGCUGCCGCCGAGGCUGCGCUGGCGCGUGGCGGCGGCGGUUGGGUGCCCGCGCCAGCUGGCACACGCAUCCGCGCCGGCGCUGCGCUGGCCUACGCGCCCUCGCCGGCGGUGCAUUACGUCCGUGUGACCGACCUGCUGGGACUGCUGGCGGAGGCUGGCCGCAUGGCUGAGCCCUUCCUGGAAGACGCAGGGUCUGUUGAUGAUAAGGAGGAGAUGGCGGCGGCUGGCGCCGCCGCCAGGGCGCAGCCGCCUGUUGCGGCUAGCGCCGCCAAGGCGGGUGCCGGACGCAGGCCGGCUGGCUCCGGCGUGUCGUCUGACGUGCUCAGCGGCGUGGCUGGCAUGGGCGUGGUGCCCGCGCCGGCGCUGGCGGCCGCAGCGGCGGUGCAGGGCCUGGGCCGGGUGUCUGGGCAGGAGCACAUGCGGCAGCUGCGGGCCAUGGUGGCGGCAGCCAUGCCCGCGUGGGAGGUGCGCCGCGUGCUAGCCUGCAAGGCGCUGGGCGCGUCGGCGCAGGCGGCGGCGGUGCUGCGCGUGACGCACGCCACACCGCGGGCGGAGGUGCGCAUGGCGUUCCGGCGGCUCAGCCUGGCGGUGCACCCGGACAAGAACAAGAGCGACAGCGCUGCUGAGGCGUUUGCCAUGGUCAGCGCCGCCGCCAGUCGGCUGCUUGGAUCGGUGCAGUGCUAAGCUGAAGUGGCAGUCGUCAACUGGUGCGGACAGGCAUCAAACAGCGCGACUCCUCUGAGCAAUCAAAAGUUCAACAGCUUACUGACUAUUGUGAGUCGUCAUUACACGUGACAAGAAGCAGCAGCAGCCGGAGGAUAUGUUGACGGCACCAUGAGGGUGCGGCGGCAGCUCUAGCAAGGGCGGAACGGCGCUUGCCAGGUAGCCCUGGCAUGCAAGGAAACGCUCGCUAGCAAUCGGAGGCGCUGGGAGUGGCUUGGGCGACCCAGGCCCACGACUGUUGUCCAACAGCGCAGCGUGACAGCAGCAGUAAAUGCUGCAGCAAGUGCAAGAAGGAGCUUGGAAAUGCGGAGGACACGGACUUGACGGCAGCUGGCACAUGUGAACCGGCUGUGAAGAGGCGGGGUACAGGCGUGCGGCUGGUGUCGUGUCGGUACCGUAGCACGCCUCACGCGGCAUUCCAGGAUGGAGGACCCUGCAAGUUCAGGCUGGUCAAUGGAGAGCAUGGUGUGCAGGGGAAGAGAGGUUGCGAGGAGAGGGGAAGGGGCUUGUACGGCUUGCAACAGGCGGGCCUCCGGUUUGGGGUUAUUUACCGUUUGGCCAACAGUUGCGCCAAGCGGCAUCAUGGCGCGCAUUCACGCAUUGCCUAAGACAAGUUUCAGCCCCAUUUACACGGCCAUACCGUAUACACACGUGCAGAUGUCAAAGUGUGUAUCCUUUAAAGGGAAUUGGGUGGGUUAGAUUGGAUGCGCAACACACAUGCUACUUGAUUAGCAUGGGUUGGCAUUGAGAGAGAGAUGCGUGCUCGAGGACCCACCACAAAUAACCAUACGUAUGCACAUAUUGGACCUUUACGCCAUCCGACAUGCUUCAAUCAUGAUGAGGGACCAUAAUGCCAUCCGUCAUGAUACGCCGCGCGCGUUGCGCAUUUUGUUUGUAGCCGAUGUGCGACUCGUUGGACCCGGCGCCGCUGCCGACCUCUGGGCGGACAAAGCCAUCGUCGAACGAGCUGCGACGGGGGCGGCCGGGUUGGCAGGUCCCAGGCGCGGAGGCAGGCGAGCGCGAUGGCGCGCUGCCGCUGGAGGGUAAGACAAGGACGUUUGCCAUUGUACACCGUUGUGGCACAAACUGCGCAAGGGAUACUGCGCACGGGGCAGGGUUUGUUCCCCUCCUGCUGGCAUGUGUUGUGGCGGAUGAUGGCGCAAUUAGUCAUGCAUGAGUGCCUGAGGCAGCGCACGGCGCGCCAAUAGCGGAGAUAUUGAUGAGACCGUAGCGUGUGGAGGCAGGGCAAUGCACCACUUCCAAAUGAGGAGUGUACUACUAGAGACCAUACGUGUUGAAGAUGAGGUGUUGCUUUGAAGACUUUGGGACGCUGGUGUACGUUUUGGGGUCACAGGCGUGGGCGGUUAGGCCCUGGAGUGAGCGGUGGAGGCGACGCCAAGAGUGCAUCCAGCACAGCACUGCAGCCCUGGCCAUAAGACUACAUGGCAGGGACGUGUCAUAUGCGCACUGAGUAUGUAACAUAAAUUCGUC